AUGGAAGAACAGUGUCCUCUUUGCUUCAGAAAGUUCCCGGUCACGUUUCUCGAGCGACAUGUCAACAGCUGUCUAGACACACAUCAUCCUGAAGAGACACGGACCGAGGAGAAACGGGACAAAAAUGUGUUUGCCGCGUUGGGGCUCAAAGCCGACUCCAAAAGGACCGAGAAAUCGAAAAAGGACGCCACGCUCACCAGCAUUUUGAUAGCCGAGCGGAAGUUGAAGCGGCGGCAGGAGGAGCUCGAGCGGCGGCUCUUGAAGAGGCCGCGGGAAGACGCGUUGAACAGCUCGCCUGUUUCGGAAAAGCCAGACAAGGAAAAGAUCAAGGCAGAGGCUCAGGACCAGAACGGCCAGCGGCCUACUUUGACACAGAUGCUGGACGCUCCGAGCCAAGCAGAGACCUCUACCCAAACACAGGCCUCUACCCAAACACAGGCUUUUACCCAGGAAACGCAGAGGAUUCCGGUCCAAGAACAUUCAACACAAAAUCACUUCAGUCUUCCCAGCCAAAAUCAUUCCAGUCUUCCCAGCCAAAGUCAUUCUCUUCCCAGCCAAGCUAAUCUUGCCAGCCAAGCUAAUCUUGCCAGCCAAGCUAAUCUUGCCAGCCAGGACCAGCGGCAGCGAAACCGCGAGUUUCUCCAGCUCAAGAGAGAAGCGGCGCUUCCGCUUGCCCAGAGACUCCGCCCGAAAACGCUAGACGACUUUUUCGGCCAGGAAAAGCUCGUGGGUCCGAACGGGAUCCUCCGCAAUAUCAUGGCGUCGCAGCAGAUCCCGUCCUUUAUUCUCUGGGGUGUUCCAGGCGUCGGGAAAACGUCUUUGGCCCGAAUCAUCGCAUCUAACUCCAACCACCGGUAUGUGGAGCUCUCCGGGUCGGAAAGCUCGGCCAAAAAACUCAAAGAAGCGUUUUCCAACGCGCAGAACGAGCAGCAGCUCUCGGGAACGAAAACUAUCCUCUUCUUGGACGAAAUCCACCGCUUCAACAAAGCCGUGCAAGACUUGCUUCUUCCCGUGAUCGAAAAAGGCGUGGUGACGGUCAUUGGCGCAACCACAGAAAACCCUUCCUUCACUCUCAACAACGCCUUGCUCUCUCGAAUGCACACAUUUGUCAUGGAGCCGCUUUCCCACGAGGCAUUGGUGAAAAUCUUGAACAAGGGCCUUUUGUUGGUCAACAAAACGAGAAAAAUCGUGCACGGGCUCCACCUAAUCGCAAUGAACAAAGAGGCCAUCGACCAUAUAGCCCGUCUCAGCACAGGCGACUCGAGAGUGGCCCUCAAUAUUCUCGAGUCGGUCAACGCAUAUUUGUCGGGCCGAAAGUACAAUGCGUUCCCUGACCGUGAAGAAGGAGAAACCAUUGAUGUUCCAGAAAAAAUCGGCAUCAUCAAGGUGGACUUGGAGAACUUGAAGCCCUUGUUGGCCACGCGGAACUUCCAUCAGAUGUACGACAAGGUUGGCGAAAACCAUUACGAUACCAUCAGCGCCUUUCACAAGUCCGUGCGGGGCUCUGACGCCGACGCUGCUGUGUUCUAUCUCGUGAAGAUGCUCAGUGGAGGCGAAGAUCCGCUUUUUAUUGCUCGCAGAAUGAUUGUCAUUGCCAGCGAAGACAUUGGGCUUCGAGAUUCUUCGUGCUUGCCUUUUGCCAUAUCGGCCAUGGAGGCAGUGCAGUUUGUGGGCAUGCCUGAAGGAGAAAUCAUUCUAGCGCAUUGUGCGGUGAAGUUGGCCCGGGCGCCGAAGUCCACCAAGUCUUAUCGGGCCUUGAGAACGGCGCAAGAACUUUUGAAGGAGAAACCGGAGGUGACGAAGUUGCCCAUUCCGCUCCACAUCCGAAAUGCCCCAACGAAGCUCAUGAAAGAGUUGGGCUACGGCGAAUCUUACAAGUACAAUCCGUUUUUCAAGCACGGAAUUGCCAAGCAGACUUUUAUGCCGCCGGAAAUCCAGGACGUGAAGUUUGUGGAAGAUACGCAUUUGGGAACGAUUGUAGACGAGGACGAAGAAAAGGAAAAGUACGACAAGGCAGAUGCGGAAGAGCAGGAGUAUCGCAAAUUCAAAGAGCAGUACCGUCUGUUGGUCAAGGAAGAGAAGCGGAAAUUGGGAAGGGCCAGCAGGCGAAAAAACUUGGAACUGAUUAAGUCGUUGUAUUCGGCGGAGCGCAUGUCCAGCUACGACGAAAAUCUUGAUAAAAGUGAUCAGCCCGAAUAUUUCGAUGGGUCGGAACGGGAUAAUUAUUCGGACGAUCCGGAUUGUCACCACAACUUUGAGUGUUCUUAUGAUGAGUUCCAGCAAACACAAGAGAAAACAGAGAUGUAG